AUGGGCGAUUCGAACAGGGUUUCUGCAGCAGAGGCAGUGGAAGGGAGAUUUUGCACGCACGCGCCGACCGUUGAAGGGCCCGCUCGUCGCAAGUCGUCUCGGCUGCCCACGUCGCACUCUCGCUCAUCUUCUGCGGCCGCUGCCCUGGAAAGCCAGCAGUCAAAACAGCCGCAGCAGAGAGAGCAGAGCGAACAGGUUCAGCAGGCCCUGCUAGCGCGGCAGGCGCAGCAGGAGGCUCAUGACCUCACAAGAGGACGGGGGAAAGAGAAGGAGGGCAAGGGAGGAGAGGCGAAGGGUAAGUUGAAAGGCGAGGAGGUGGAGAGGAAAGGGGAGCCGCAGCGCCAGAAGCAGCUGCUGCCACGUCAGGGAUCGGGGCACCAGAGAAAUCUCUCGGAAGGUUCCCUGCCUUUGGACUGGGGCACCAGAGGAAAUGGGAAUGAUGGUGUGGGUAUGGGAGGGGGAGAGGUGGAUGGGGAGGAUGUAAGCGGGGGAGAUCUCUAUGGUUCUGGUGCAAACUCAAUUGACACCCAGCGUAAGUUAGGUGGCACUCACCUGGCCGGCCCCAGUUCCCACCGCCCCCAGAUGCUGCCAAAAUCGCCGUCUGUGUCAACAGGGCAGAGAGGGGUGAGGGGUAGGAGGAGGCAUGGUUCGGAAGGUGAGGUAGGGGUGCUGGAGGUAGGUCCGAUCCGAACCCAUGGCAAGUCUAGGUUCGGUGGAGAGGCAGCAGCCGCAGCUGCAGCUGUGUCAGCUGGCGCUGCUGCUGCUGCUUGUGCUGAUGCUGAUGGUGCUGCUUCCGGCGGUAAUGCGGCUGGUGGUGGUGGUGGUGGUGGUGGUGGUGGUGGUGGUGGUGGUGGUGGUGGUGGUGGUGGUGGUGGUGGUGGUGGUGGUGGUGGUGGUGGUGGUGGUGGUGGUGGUGGUGGUGGUGGUGGUGGUGGUGAAGGUAUUGCGGGGAAGGGGAGAGCAGGCGAAGCUGGGAUAGGGAGAGCAACGGAAAGGGGAAUGGGGAGAGUAGGCGAGGGGAGGAAGGGGAGAACAGGCAAAGUUGGGAUGGGAAGAGCGGGCGAGGAGGGGAAUGGGAGAGCAGGCAAAGCUGGGAUGGGGAGAGCAAGCGCGGGGCGGAAGGGGGGCAUACGCGAGGGGGGGGGAGGGGGAAGCAGGCGAAGGGAGGAAGGUGAUAGCAGUACUCGAGCAGCCAUUACUCAAGCAGCCAUUGCCAGGCCUGGGCCCCGAGAUAACGACUCUGAGGCGUCUCAAAAGCUCUCUGACAUGGCAGGGCCGCGAGAACAUGCUUCUGAUCAACCUCACAGGCUCUCUGAUACUGCCCGUCCUCUCGAGAAACGGCGAGGGUUAGCAGCGGCAUCAAAGGCAACAACUGAUGCUGCAACAGCAGGAAGAGCUGUGGGAGGGGGAGGAGGAGGAGGAGGGGGAGGGAGGUUAAGGAAGGGAGGGCAGGUGCAGAAGUGUGUGAGCGACUUGAUUAACUCCUCUUACACAGCAGGCUCUGAUACCACCGGCCAUCACGCUUUUCCCAAGUCAGCUUCGUAUGGGGGCCGGCUGCAACAGCCUCCUAAGCAGGAGCAUGUUUCUAACGCAGAUGCUCUUGGUGAGGAUUCGUGUGAAAGAGACGUGCUGGAGGAUGCUUGUAACGAGGAUGUUUCUCGUGCUAAAGAAUCGCAUGAAUUGGUGCACGCGGGUUUGAUCCACAAGGGUGGGGGUGCUGGUGAGUGUGCGGCGGCAGUGAAAAGGCAAGAAGCGAGUUCUGAAGAAGGUUCUGUCAGAAGCAGGGCAGUGGGGAGAUCUGAGUCGCAUGUGAGAAAUCCGAGAAGCGACUCAGGCUCAGGCAAUCUCGGGGAGGAUAGUGGCAGGAGCAGGGAUGUGGGUAAGGAAGUAAGCGGUGUGAGAGGAGGCAGUAAGGGUGGGGGAAUGAUGGGCGGAGUAGAUGGUGCAGAAUGGGAUGAGAGCGGGAGGGCGCCUUUUCCUGAAACGAAUGGGAGAGUUUCCGGUAGCAAUGCCCACCCCGGAAAGGCGUCUUUCUCUGAGCCGACUGGGAGGGUUUCCCGAGUAGAUCGUGGCGCAGGGAGAGGGAAGAAGGAGGAGCGGAAAGAGGAGAAGGAAGAGGAAGAGGAGGAGGAGGAGGAGGAGGAGGAGGAGGAGGAGGAGGAGGAGGAGGAGGAGGAGGAGGAGGAGGAGGAGGAGGAGGAGGAGGAGGAGGAAGAGGAAGAGGAAGAGGAGGAGGGGGAGGAGGAGGAGGAGGUGCAGGAGGAGGAAGGGGCGGAGGAGAGAAAGGAGGAGGCAGUAGAAGGGAAAGUAUGGAAAGGAGGGCAGAGGAAGAGACAAGGGAAUAGUCGUGAUGGUGCUGCUGCAACAGGUGCGGCUGUGGGUGGUAUAUCACCUGGUGGUGCAGGUGCGGCUGUGGGUGGUAUACCACCUGGAGGUGCUGGCACAAUGGCCAAGAGGCAGGACCAGAGUGGAUAUGGGCAGCAGCAGGUGCAAGUGCAGCCAGGAUUUCUCAUGCAGAGCCAGACACAGCAGCAGCAGCAGCAGCAGCAGCAGCAGCAGCAGCAGCAGCAGCAGCAGCAGCAGCAGCAGCAGCAGCAGCAGCAGCAGCAGCAGCAGCAGCAGCAGCAGCAGCAGCAGCAGCAGCAGCAGCAGCAGCAGCAGCAGCAGCAGAUGCAGCAGCAGAUGCUGAUGCAGCAUCAGCAACAACAGGCGCAGCCACAACAGCUGCAGCAACUGGCGCAGCAGCAGGCCCAGCAGCAACAGCUCCUAUACUUGCAGCAACUACAGCAUGUGUAUGGAAACUUCCAAGCAGGUUCUGCUGGAGGGUUCGGUCCAGAUGGUUACCACAUGGCUACUGAAUCUGCCUGCCAAAUCGUCCCCACCUCCGCUGCUCUUAGGGGAAAAGCAGGGGACGCCGGUGCUGCUUUGGGAGGAAGUGGAGGGGGGCUUAUUCAGAGGCUGUUCAAGGGGCAUGGGGGCGGGUCUGGGGAAGUAGCUGGGGCAGGAGGGGCAGUGGGUGGUGGCACUAGCAUAGGGGGCAUGUACAGAGGGGCGUUUGCCCCGUAUCAGCAGCAGCAGCAGCAGCAGCAGCAGCAGCAGCAGCAGCAGCAGCAGCAGCAGUGGCAGUACCAGCAGUUUCAGCAGUUUCAAGGAACCAUGCUCCAAGGCCCGGGCAGCAGACUAGCAGCAGGGCCAGCAGGGAUGGAUAGUACGCCUGCUGGCAGUCCUGGUGUUGCUGGUGCUGUGGGAAUGAGUGUUUCUGCAACAGGGCCUUUUUCAUCUGGCCCCUUGCCGUCCAGCCUCGGAUCUGGUAAUUUCCAGGCUGGUAACCUGUUACCUGGUUACCGCGUUGCCAGCAGAAGCUUCGACUCCGCCGCCACCUUGUGUGCUAACAGUGACGGCUCUGCCCCGGUUAACAGAAUGUUUCCUGGUACGAGUGGUGGUGGGGGAGCUGGUAGUGCUGUUGCCACGGGCGGCCGGCAUCGACCCUGGCGCCAGCUGCCGAUGACGCCAGCGACACGCGUCCUCGAGCUGGCAGUGGUCCCCUCGCGAGCGGACGGAAGCGACGCCCAUCUGCGCCGCGCUCCACCGCUCUCGCCCUCGACGGGCCCGUUUCGGUUGGCGCUCGACCCUGGUGAUGUGUCGAACGCCCCCUCCAGCCCCUUGAAAGGAGCCUUUCAGCUGCAUGCAAGGCGCCCCACCUCAUGCAACCAACCACCAAUAGUGCCCCGCCGCCCUCUGCCAUAA